AGUAGGAGAACCUAAUACCGAUAAUAUUUUUUUAUCAUUUACAUGCCAAGUAAAAAAAACUGUACAUUUUGUGACGAAGGCGAUAAACGGAGUGGAUAUAUUGAUAUGUUGCUUCUAUUAUAUCUCUUGGUCGGGACAACACAGGCUGUUUCCACAUCAGAGACUGAUGUGGAUAGCCUGACCUCAGACUUGAAAGGAUGUCUGAUCGGAAAUCCGUCGGCGAUCAAAUCGUGUAGUAAUAAGGAUGGUAUUCCUGUUGAUAUUACGGAAUUUAGUCUUCUACAAAAGGGCAAUAUCUGCAUCUUUGAACAUGAAGAAUAUCCGGUUGUUUGUCAGAAUGGAAUGAUUACUCUCACAGCGGGUGGUAAUUUUACAAAAGAAGUGAGACGUGUUCAAAGAAAAAAGAGGAGGUGGUGGCAUGGCGCGAGACGAGUGUUUUGUCUUUUUAUUUGUGGCCGACACCAUCACAACUCUCACUCUCACUCUGAAGCCAACUCUCACUCUGAAGCCAAAUCCACCGCUGAAAUCCACUACUACCCUGAAGUCCGCUACUACCCUGCAGCACAAACUAAACCAAACAGACCCCCAACGAUCACUAAGCAUGCAACUUUAAAGGUUGGAACACCUAUAUACACAACACAAGGAAGUUCAAAAGCAAAAGUUUAUUGGGAUGAUCCAAGCAUCACGGAUCCAGAAGAAGGAACGUUAAUGAUCACUACUUCACCUAGCAAAUAUAGAAGUGGAGGCGAAUAUGCCGAAGGGACCUAUGUCAUAUAUUUCGUUGCAACAGACAGUGGAGGUCUUUCGGCAACUGAUUAUUUAACGUUUACAGUGAAAGUAUCUAGAUGCGGAUAUUUGCGAUGGCCAGAAAACGGCAACCUGAAUUGUAAUAGUACAGACAUAAUAUCAGGAACGAUCUGCAAUGUAUCCUGUAAACCAGGUUUCCAUCUUAGAGGUGCUAGUGAUAUGGUAUGUCAACAAAACGGAAACUGGCAACCUAGAAGCAUACCUGAUUGUGAACCAAUACAGUGCACAGGGUUACCAAACAUAACAAAUGGAAGAAUUAGUUGUUUCCAUAAUAAAAUGAUUUACGAUAAUAUUUGUGAAGUUAUUUGUGACGAAGGCUUUCGUGCGAUAGGAACUCAUUUGAUUAGUUGUAAUACUGAAGGCCAGUGGGGAGCUUUGCCUACAUGUAAAGAUAUUCUUCCUCCAAAAUUCUUAAAUGGAGAGUGUCCGGAUGAUAUGCAAGUUUUCAUUGAUUCAACCAAUUUUACGACUGCUGUAACUUGGGAUGUACCAAAAGGAACAGACAACUCAAAGGAACAAAUUAUAAUAAAAGAAGAACAUGGUUAUGUCCCCGGACAGCGUUUCAAGCCAGGAUCAUAUGUUGUAAAAUACAGUAUCGAAGAUCAAGAACAUAACAAGGGAGACUACUGUAAUUUCAGAAUUGAAGUUUUGUCCAUCAGUUGCGAACCUCCAGAUUUGUUGGUGCCACAUUUAGUGUAUGAAUGUCCAGAUUCAUAUAGACUUGGGGCGUCUUGUUCUCUCCGUUGUAAAUCUGGAUAUCCUUUGGGUGGUGCAAAUCAAAUUCAUUGUCAACUUAAAACAAUGAGUUAUCCACCAGCAGCACACUGGAAAUGGAAUGAUGGGAGCCUAAAACCAUUUUGCAAAGAAACGAAUUGUUCUAGAGCUGUUCUUCAUAAGCCCAAAAAUGGUGCACUUGCUUGCAGUGAAUGGACGCAUGGUCAAAUGUGUCAAAUGCAAUGUGAAUCUGGCUAUGAUAUACCCAACAUAGGGUUUGGGUUUUUUGUAUGUGGAAAAUCGAAUGGUCAAUGGAGACCAACGAAUAGUGUGCCGGAUUGCAGUGUGAAAAUGGACGUCGCAUAUAUACAUCUACCUAGCAAGUUUUACUAUUAUACUGGACACUGUGACAGCUCCGUAGCAAACAUGAGACAAAUUAAAGAUAAUUUUAUACAAGCUUUAAACCAAUCAAUGUUUUUUGAAGCUUGUCUUGGCGUUCCGGAAUGCCGAGCAGAGUAUGUGGGUGUCACGUGCGGUCCUAUUUCCGGACGCCACAGACGCGAUGUUAGUACAAACAUGCAUUCACUAGCAUAUGAAGUACAGUUUGAAAUUGUAGCAACGUUUCAAAACAUUGCCGGAAAAAGCACCACGGACGCUGUUUCCGAAAAUAAAGAACGACUGUACAAUAUGUCAGACAUCAUCCAAAAAGAAGUUAGCAAAGGUCUCUUCGACUUAAACAUAACAGACACCCAUGUUAAUAGCAAUUCUUUCAGUCCUGGACAACCAGUUUUGAAAUGUCCACCGGGAACAACACCUAGGGAGUCAUCUGCGACUUGUGUUGGAUGUCCUAAAGGAAACUAUAUGGAAACACACGGCGUAUGUGAAAAAUGCCCAAUUGGCACUUACCAAAACAAUACUGAUGCCCCAAAAUGCAUCCCUUGCCCUGCAAAAUCAAAUACAACAGAGACAGGAUCCGAUGAUAUUGGAAUGUGUCUUGGGUAUUGUAUGGAAGGCCAGUUUUCCCAGAACGGACUUUCACCAUGUAUAAAAUGUCCAGUAAAUUCGUACCAACCUAAAAUGAUGUCAACACAAUGUUUAAGGUGCAAGACAGGUACAAUGACGUUAAAAGAUGGCGCAACAGCAGCCGAUCAAUGCAUAGAAUACGAUGUACGACUAGGGGCAGGAAAAACAACACUGAGAAGAAAUAUUACUGCUGAUACGAUGACAUUAUACAUGUGGGUUUACCCAAUUAAAACAGCAAAUUUUAAUACAAGCCUGACGUCCGUACGAUUACUUGGAUCUGAAAGUUCUGGACCGUCAAAACAUAUUGAACUGUUCCCAGUUUCAUGUUUACGACAAAAUGGAAUCUUUCAUGAUAAGAAUAUAAUUCCACUUGCGAAAUGGACUAACAUAGUACUUACUUUAGAUAUACAUGCAAAUGUGCUGUCCAUGUAUAUAGAUGGGAAAUAUGUGUGUCAAAACUCUUCCAUGAUGUCAUCAAAUUUUCAACAUGUCCUAAAUAAAUCACUCGAAUUUUAUGGAGGUAAGACUACUGACAAAUAUAUUUCAAAUAAUUU